AUGGGAAUCAGACAAAGAUACCCUGAGUUACCAGAACGCAUGUUGUGCCUCAUUGCACCAGACUCACAAUACAUAUUACAACAUGAAGAACUUCUUACCAAACCAGAUACUCCAACAGAAGAACCUAGCAAAGAAAUUUUUAACUGUUCUUCAUCACCAGAAGAAGAAGAAGUUGAGAAGUCCUGGUCAUUAGAAACAGAGGCUGCAGGAGGAGAAGGAGUUCUGAAGAUAACUAACUCACCAGAAAACAAGACAGAACAUGAUGAGAGCCAACAGAUUCAUGAUGCUGGAAUUCGUCAUGAGUUUGAUAUUCAUCAAGAGAAAGAACAUGAGCACUAUGAAGAAUCUCAUAUUGCUGGAGGAACUCAUGAAGAUACUGAAGGUCAACCUUAUGAAGAAACUCACUUUGCUGGUACAACAAAUGAAGCCACUGAAGUUAUACAUCAUGAUGAGUCUCGGGUUGCUGAAAAAACUGAUGUUGAUGAGGAGGUUACUAGUUCCAUUCAUCUCAACUCUGAAUCAGAAAAUGAGGAAGAGGUUGAGAUCUCAACAGAUAGAGAUCAGGGAACUGAUCAAGGAAAUCUGGAUGAGAAUGUGUUUUUCACCUCUGGUGGAGAUGAUUCUGGUACACUUAAGGUUGCACCAAAAUCUAGUAAAGCCAAAAGUAACCCUAUCAUUUCCAAAACAGCAGCAGAUGUGUUUGCAGCUGGAAUAUUAGAGGGAACAUCUGUUGUUCCAAAUAUCCCUGAAACACCCAUGAACCAAGAAAAUUUGGAAGCUGUGCCAGAGAAUGUUUACAAAGCCUGCAAAAGAAAUCCAGUAGAAGAAAAGCUUGAUAUGUUGUUAUCAGAGAUACAAGGUCAAAGGGCAGACAAAAAGACUUUAUCAGAAUCAGUGGAGGUGAUAAAGACACAACCUGAAAGAAACACUGAAGCACUAAAGUCUCUUCAAAAGCUGAAAGAAAAAGCACCAGAAACCAACAUCUCUGCAUCAAAAAUUCAGAAGAUUCUCACAGAAAUAGAAAAGAUCAAGACACAAGUUGCAAAUACUGUGGAGUCAAGACAAUCAAGCAGUACAAACAAGGUUUUGGAAGAAGUCACCAUCCUAAGGGCAAGGAACAACAGUAUCACAGAUGCCUUUGAGAAGCUGUCAAAAGAAUGGGCUGCCAUGCAGAUGAAAGCUCAAACUGAAUUUACAAAAGUUUAG